AGUAUUGCCGCUCCAGCUGCGAUCCGGGCUUCGUUCCGUCUUCGGUAACAGUAACGUUAGCAACCAGGCAACCCGCAACGAAAACUACGCGUGCGUGUGUGAAUCAUUUUUUUUUUUUCUUGUAUUAUUGUUGAUUUAUCGAGUGAGAAGGAGACAAUUGUCGAUAAUUCGAACAUUCCGUGUUUUAUGACAUUUUAUCGUGAAUCGUUGUUUUCUUUUUUUUUUUUUUAUUUUGUUUGUCGUUCACCUCAUCGGUUGUCUCGCCGAAAACGAACUAUUCGGUGAACUUUGAUUACUUAAAAUUGACGAGUUUGAUAAUACGGACCAUCGAUGCACGGAUGUGCGGUGGUGUUAUUCGUAAUAAAUAAUAAAUCAAGUGGUGAUUGUGAGACGUCGAACACGUGCUGCGAACGCGGCAUCCUUGCACCAAUUUCUUCACCGAUAUUGUUGUUGCGACAAAAGGAUACCGAGUUAUCACCCAAGUGCCAAGUGUGAACCCACGACAUCAAUUGGAUUACGCACCGUCGCAUCGAUCUACACCCACGUGUGAUCAAUGUUGUGCUAAUUGUGAUUAACUCUGUACACAUCGACCUCUGAGCAUCGUCAGAGACAUAGAAAUUGUGAAUCUGUCUAAAUGCUCGUCGACGCAAUGCCUCGCAGUUUUGUCAAACGAAACAACAGCUACAGUCACUGUCCUCUGAAAAAACGGCCCGUCCACGUUAUGCUGGCCGAAGAUGCCUCCUUCUCUUCGGAAUCCAUCAAAGAAGAGAUCGUCGAGGAGGUGAUAGUGGACGACAUCCCGGAGCCAGAAAACCUCAGCACGAAACCGGAGGACUUGAGUAGAACGGCAGAGAAGCUAAACCAGAUAAAAAACACCUCGAAUUCCGUGAGUGCUUGGCAUGAAACGGCGAUCCCGAGAUCCCCGGAAAUCGCGAGCACGGCUUUAUCCCGACGCUCGGCGUCGCCGAAGCCGAUAACGAGGUCCCCAUCCCCCGCGGCGCAGCCCCCGACGCAGCCGGCCUCGAUCCAGAGUCACCAUCUCCACGAGCACCAUCAUAACGGUAACAACGCCAGCACCCACCACCACCACCACCACCAACACCAUCAUCAUCAUCAUCAGCAACAGCAACAGCACCAGCACCAGCAUCAACAACAUCAACUGCAGCAGCAGCAGGAGCAGCAGCAGCAGCAGCCGCAGCACAUCUAUCCGGUGAAGACGCUCACCCCGCCGGCCGGAAUCGCGCCGCUCCAUCCCGUGGCGAAAAAGGCGCGAGUCGAGGUGAUACAGCACGAUAAUUCGCCCUCGGUGCCGACGUCCUCAGCCCCCGUCCACUUCAUGGCGAGCGGCGUCGCGGCGCCGUUGGACCCCCUGAACCUCAACACCCCCGUCGAGCCGCUGGCGCGAUACGCGGCGACGCCUGCUUGGACGAGAGGGGCGCCUCUUUUCCCGCCUCACUACCUACCGUAUCCGGCGUAUCGUUACCCGGGCGCGGAUCUCUACCCGGCGUAUCCGGUGGCCGGUGGUUACUCUCACUCGUCGCCCGAUCAUCCCUCGGCGUCGCCGCCACCCCACACGGUUCUCACCUGCCCUACGAUCCCGAGGCCGGUGGCGAGUCGAAGCUACGCACCCUGGGCGAGUCCGGACCACUGCGGCCUCUCGCCGACGAGCUCGCUGGGCUCCGGAUCCCUCAGAUCGCCGCCCCCCGUGACGCCGGAGGACCUCUCCUCACCCGGAAGCGACAGCGGACGAUCGUCCGCCGGAAGUACGUCGGCGGGGCCGAUCGGGGGCGGUCAGAAGCACGAGAAGGGAUCGUCGAGCUCGCCUCGCCACAACUGCUUAAACUGCGGCAAGUCCUACUCGACGUAUUCGGGACUGUCGAAGCACCAGCAGUUCCACUGCGCGGCGGCCGAGGGUCAGACCAAGAAGUCCUUCAACUGCAAGUUCUGCGAGAAGAUCUACGUCAGCCUCGGCGCCCUCAAGAUGCACAUACGGACCCACACUCUGCCCUGCAAGUGUCAUCUGUGCGGCAAGGCCUUCUCCAGGCCGUGGCUACUCCAGGGUCACAUCAGGACUCACACGGGCGAGAAACCCUUCCGGUGCCAGCACUGCGGACGCGCUUUCGCCGACCGAAGCAACCUCAGGGCCCACCUGCAGACUCACAGCGACAUCAAGAAGUACUCGUGCUCCUCCUGCGGCAGGACGUUCAGCAGGAUGUCCCUCCUCACCAAGCAUCAGGAGGGAGGAUGCUCCGGCGUCACCGUGAACAGCGCCUAGGCUUGCCGACAACGACGUGACGCCGGGGCAUCGUCGGGGAGAGAAGAGACGGCUGACGAUCGGUAUCGUUGACUGAGUAUCGCGGUGUCCCGGUUCGGGGGAUACGCAACAGUGCCUUAAUUUUAAAAUAAUCGCGGGGACCGAUCGACGCAGGGAGAUUCGAAAAACAAGGAAGAAUACAUAUAUAUUAGGCUGAGAAAACAAACCUCGCACGGAAGACUGCAAGCUCUUGGAGUACAAACGAAUAUGAAAAGAUGAAAAAUUAUUAUAUCGUAUAUACAUAUUGACGAGAAGGAGAAAAAUGUAUAAAGAAAUAUGAAAAUUCAAAGGUUUAUACCGAAUAUACAUAUAUAUAUAUAUAUAUAUAUAGAUACACACACGUGUUUUCGGUUGUACUCCAAGAGCUUGCAGUCUUCCGUGCGAGGUUUGUUUUCUCAACCUAAUAUAUUUAUUCUUCUUCCUUGUUUUUUUCAAUCAUUUUCGAUUCUCUUCAAAUCUCCCUGCGUCGAUCGAUAUAUAUGCGUAUAUAUAUAUAUAUAUAUACGUAUUCGGUAUAAACCUUUGAAUUUCCAUAUUUUUUCAUACAUUUUUCUCCUUCUCGUCAAUAUGUAUAUACGAUAUAAUAAUUUUUUUUUCACAUCAUUUUACUUUAAAUAUCUCUAUCCUAGCACCAAGACUUUCCCCGCACCCUUUUUCGAUUCCUUUCCUUUCCUUUUUUUUUUUUUUUUUCUUGUUUACUAUAAAUCCGUUAGAUAUCGUUUUCGGUAUAUAGACUGUGAUGAGAAAGAGAAAACGUUGUUGGUCUCCCCCACCCCACCAUGUCCCCCCUAAAGAAAGAAAAGUAAUGCACACACUAAAAGUCUACAAAUAUUUUACAUACUUAAUUCUAUUAAAAUAUAUAUAUAUUUCUCAUCACAGUCUAUAUACCGCAAACGAUAUCUAACGGAUUUAUAGUAAACAAGGAAAAAAAAAAGGAAAGGAAAGAAUAGGAAACGAAAAAGGGUACGGGGAAAGUCUUGGUGCUAGGAUAGAGAUAUUUAAAGUAAAAUGAUGUGAAAAAAAAACGACGAAAGAAAUAACUACAAUACUAUAUACGUCAUGUACAGCAGAUCGCUUGAAGCGUUCGGUUUGUGUUCCGUGAAAACUUUGUGCCAUUUUAUACAUUAUUACUCUCUUUUAUUUUUGAUUGAGUUUUGACUACUUUCUUUUUAAACUUUUUGUGUGAUUUCUAUUCUAUUUUUGCGCAAAGCAUGAAGUGUAUAACGCAUCGAUUAUAAUAUCACGACGCGUUGCGUUUACGCUAACGGUUAUUUAUAAUUUUCUUUCUUUCCGUCGAUUUCUCGUAUGCGCUUGUUUAUUCAUAGUUUUUUCCACUUGCUUUGGAUUUUUUUGUAUACACUCUGUUAUAAAUUAUUUUUAGUCGAUAUUUACGUAUCAACGGAUGAUUCUCACUUCGCUGUGCUCGAGUGAUGAACCCGCGCGUAUAAUCGGCACUGUGUAUCAUUUUUCAAGUCUUUGCAAAUUUUACAAACGCCCUAUUAACAUUAUUAUCUUAAUCAUUAUUAUUAUUUCAUUAUUAUUAUGCAUUUUAUACUGUCCUAAUAAUUUAUGAAUCACUGAAGUUCGGUUUUUAAUUUUUAAGUUCCACAGGUACAUUUUAAUUGGUAGGGCGCGUACAGCAUAUACGCACGAAAGGACGAGACUUUGGUCGUUGUGCGGUCACGUUCCACUGUAAAUAGCCGUAAUGGUAUUCCAAGUUUGCAUAUACAUAUAGUAUUAUUAAGUUAACGAUUCAAAAGCGUACGCUUUUUUUUUCAUCUCGUGGUUUUUACCAUGUUUUCUUCUUCUCAACGAUCAUAUCAUACGUAUAAAUAUUUUUCCAUGUACAAUUAUUACGAAUUAAGUUACUCGAAGAAACUAGUCAUGAAUUCAUCAUGUAGUCAUCAAUUAAAAAAUGAAUAAAAGAAAAGAAAUGAACGAAAAGCAAGAAAAAAAAGGAAAUACCGACUAACGAUGCGCAAUGAUGACGAAUGAUAGAAAGUAAAAAUGAAUAAUAGAAAAAGACCAGCUCGAAAAGCCCGCUAAUAUUAUUAUAUAAAAAAUAUACGUAUAAUAUAUACAUGUAGAUUUGUAUCCGUAUAUAAGAUUGCCUUAAAAAUGUAUCUUUUUAAAGAAACACACAUAUAUUUUAUAUAUGUAUAUAAUAUAUUGUGUAUAUUAUCAUUAUUGUUCAGUGUUUGUUUAAGAAAAAAAUUUUUUUUUUUUUUUUGAUUUUCUAUAUUCCAGGGUCGAGCGCGACAAAACACUACACGAUUAUAGAUUUAAAGAAUACUAUUACAAAAUAUAGAAAAUACAUAUUUCCCUAUACAUA